AUGAUGCGCUCUGCGUUCAUCCAGAUAUCCAUUGCGGCUGCUGCCCUUUGGUUGGGAUUCUUAUGCCUGACUAAUCGUGAUGAAGGCGCUAGUUGGAAUCAAAGUGGCUACAACGUCGCCAGAGCUACCGAAACGGCCGACGAUCGAAUGAUCGUUGUCUCUUGUGUGGGGGACUCCAUCACCGCCGGAGGAGGCGCUUCGGCUCCCAACAUGACGUAUGUUUCCCAAUUGAGUAGAGCUCUGGGAGCUGGAUUUAAUGUCACCGGCUAUGGUGUAUCAUCCACCACCAUGCUGAAGCAUGGUCUCUGUUCCAAAGAUACGACGCACUGUGAAGGACUUUGUGCUUACUGGAAUACCACAGCCUACCAAAGAGUAAUAGCUUCUCAACCCGAUGUAAUCACAAUAAUGUUGGGUACCAAUGAUGCCAAGGGGUGCAAUUGGUGGGGUCCUCCCAAUGGAUCUCCAAGCGGAGUAGCAUAUCAUGCCGCCUAUGUGGACAUGGUCAAGAUAUUCCAAUCGCUUCCUUCCAAGCCGCGAGUGUAUCUUGUGAUUCCACCUCCACUGGUCAACCCUCCAACCCACCCGGACGACCCUCCAGUGUGGAAUAUGUCCAAGCAAGUUCUGAAUGAAAUCAUCCCUAAGGAGCUCCCAAAACUUUUGGUGGAAACGGGUGCUGCUGGAGUGAUUGAUGUGUGGACGGCCCUGGGAGGUACAGAUGGCUACGAGCAACCUUCCAUGACGGCGGAUGGGUGUCACCCAAAGGAUCCUGCUGCUGCCAUCAUUGCCCAAGCAAUAGCCGAGGCAAUCCAAAAGGACCAGGGAGGCAAAACUGCAGCCGACUAA